AUGGUUGCCGGUGGUGGAACUAUGGCAUCGGCGCCACCACCAGCCAUCGGUGGAAACGGUGGCUGUACGGGUGUUAGUGCAAAUACAUCAAAUUUGACCGGAUCUCCUAAUGUGCCAGCAACACCGCAAGGAACUAAUGAAGGGGGUCCAACAAGAACUAGGACUAACGAAAAUCGAAGAAGCAAUAAACCAAUCAUGGAAAAAAGAAGAAGAGCGCGAAUUAACAAUAGUCUUAACGAACUUAAAACUCUCAUAUUGGACGCUAUGAAAAAAGACCCCGCAAGACAUUCAAAAUUAGAAAAAGCAGAUAUUUUAGAAAUGACCGUCAAAUAUUUGGAAGCGUUGCAAAGGAAACAAGUUGCAAUGGCGGCUGCGUCCGAUCCAAAUGUGGCAAAUAAAUUUCGUGCUGGAUUUACGGAAUGCGCGGGUGAAGUAGGCAGGUUUCCCGGUUUAGACGGACCCGUUAAAAGAAGACUGCUUCAACAUUUAGCCAAUUGUUUAAAUUCGGCGAAUCCGAUGAGUUCGCCACCGCCAACGCAGCAGCAGCAGCAGCAACAGCAGCCACCCCCGCCGCCGCCGCAGCCGCAACCUUGCGAAACGACAAACGCCAACACUUCUCCUCUCCAAGUUCACAUUUUAAGAAAUCCCACGCAAAGUAGUGAUGCUACGCCUGUCGUUCAGCAAACCAACUCGAACAUUAUUUUAGCCAAUACUAGCGGGCAAGGAGUUCAACUUGUUCCUACUCGAUUGCCCAACGGUGAUAUCGCUUUAAUCUUACCUUCCUCCAACACCUUUCGAUCUCCUCGAUCAUCUGCCACGUCAUCGGUAACGCCAUCCUCUUCGCCUUCUCCGAGCAUAUCGUCUAAUUCAUCGGGGUCUUCGCCCUUGCCCAUGCUCGUUCCCAUUCCGAAUAGAAGCAAUUCGAAUUCUCCUCCCAUCGCGAUCGACCGUUUAUCCAUGAAUUCCACCACACCUCCUCGGCAAAUAACCAUAGUAACGACGCAAAAUCCUCAACGGAUAAUAUUACCUCAAUCCCACCACCCCGGAAAACCUGCUCCUAUAGUUACGUAUCAAUACAACGAAGAAAACGAUAAGUUGGAGCACGUGAUUCAACAAAGGGUCAUACUACCCGAUUCUUACUUGAAAUCCGAAAGAAUAAUGAAAGAUUUCGAUGAUGUACCUGCUGUGAUGGGCGACGCCGCCGAGCCUUCAAUAAUAAACGGGAAAAGAGAUGUCAUGGACAAUUUAAAUCGUUUUAAUGAAAAUUGCGAGAGGGCAUUAAGCGACGACGAGCACUGCCUUUACGAGGGGAAUCGGAUUAUAAUGACGCACGACGGUCGGAUAAUUGAAAACGAUCACGGUUCCGGCGGUGGAUACGUUCGAGAUAAAAUGUACGGUGGUCAAGAAAGAGAAACUCUUCUUCACAUUCCCGAUAGGGAAUACUACGAUGGCGAACUUCGAAGCAUUUCCCCGAAAUCUCCCGUCGACUACCACGUCGAAACCGUGGACGACGACCACAAGUACGCGGAAUAUUAUCAAGAUCAUUACGACAGAUCUUACAGUCCUGAAAUGCCAAAGCCCUUAGCUUUAGUCACAAGAAAAAAAUGCGAAGAAUAUGGAAACGAUGAAAGACCGUGGAGGCCUUGGUGA